GGCUCCGGAAGGAUUCACCAGAACCGGACCUCUUGCUGCAGCUGCUUCAUUUCCGAGCGAAAGAGGCACGUUUUCCUGCUCGCUGUUGUUUGAUGUGCGCUUCGGAUGUAGCUAACUCACAGCGACCCGUUUCGCGUUGACAGGCGACACCCCGCUGUGGCUGUGCGUCUGCCGUUACAGGACGCAGAGAUAUGGAGACGCCGCAGCUGUGCAGUAAGCUAGUUUAAUGCUAACCGAAGCUAACGGCUAGCUGCCGUGAGAAAUGACAGCUAGGAGGGGGCGGUGCUCACAGAAGGAGGACAAAGGUGAGAUAUGAAGGAAAGUGUACAUGCAGGCACUGAGGAUGGUCACAGCUGGCUGAUGUUCACCCACGGGCCCAACAGGUACUGUCCAGGUUGAUCAGCAGACAGAGCCAUGUGUGGAGGCGAGGUUCUGUUUGAGGAUCUGGACUUCCCCUCGGACGACAGGUCGCUGUUCUACGACAGCUCCACACCCAUCGCCAGGCUGCAGGGUGACAUAACAUGGAGACGCCCACAGGAGAUCUGUCAGUCACCAGCACUCUUCCCUGACAGCAUCAACCAGGCUCAUGCUAAACAAGGCUUACUGGGAGACUGCUGGUUUCUCUGUGCCUCCACCUUCUUGCUCAAGAACAAACAUCUUUUAAACAGGGUGCUGCCUCCAGACCAGCCACAAUGGGGUGACAGCAGGUACAAGGGCUCCUUCCAGUUUAGCUUUUGGCAGCAGGGACAUUGGACAGAGGUGAUCAUUGAUGACCGCCUGCCCUGUAUUAAUUCCACCCUCUGCUUCUCACGCUGCCAUUCCCCCACUGCCUUCUGGGUGGCUCUGUUGGAAAAGGCCUAUGCUAAGCUGCACGGCUCAUAUGAGCGACUGUGGGCAGGGCAGGUGUCUGAGGCCCUGGUAGAUCUGACAGGUGGUCUGGCAGAACACUGGAGUGUCACAGAAUUUGGUUCAGAGGAGGAGCAGACAACGGAACAGAACAGUGACCAGUCCAAGAGGAGAAGGCUGGACCUGAACCUCCUCUACCCUGUAAAAGAUGAUUGUGUGCUCAGCUGCUCUACUCACAACAGUGCUGGAGGUGAAUGUGAAACGGGUCAAUACCAUGCUCUGACCGUCAUGGAGUGGUUGGAUGUACAGAUUGUGUCAGGGAGUCAAGUACGGCUCCUUAGGAUCAGAAACCCUUGGGGCAGAUGCUGCUGGGGAGGGUCCUGGUCUGAGAGUGGUACAGGUUGGAGCUCUGUUGAAGCCCGUUGUGCUUCAGAGCUACAAGCCAGGGUCGACAAGGGCGAUUUCUGGUUGGAUGAGGCUGAAUUCAUGUGCCACUUUGAUGACGUCACAGUAGGAUACCCUGUCAGUGAGGAAGGAUUGCUAAAGAGUAUCUACACUGGAACUCUGUUGAGACACAGCCAUCAGCUGUCUGGGCGGUGGAUGAAAGAACACUCUGCUGGUGGUAACCGAAACAGCAGCAGCUAUGGUACUAACCCCAAAUUCUGGCUCAAAGUAUGUGAGACAGGAGAGGUACUAGUGUCUUUGCUGCAGCAUAGAAAAUGGAGAAGCAGUGGGAAGUAUGCACAAAGCGCACUUGAAGACAGCAGAAACACAAAACACCAGCAUUUUCAGGCUAUCGCUUUACACAUGUGGAAGGUGGAAAAGAAGCGUUUUAAUCUGAGCCGGAUGUUGAAUAAACCUCCUUUGGCUUCUACUCACUGCCACACCUAUGAGAGAGAGGUGGUUCUUCACGGGCAGCUGGAGCCCGGAUACUACCUGCUCAUUCCCAGCACCUACAAGCCAGGAGCUGAAUCCCACUUUCUCAUCAGGGUCUUUUCUUCCUCCUCCACAUCCCUCAGUGCCCUGAAAAGCCCAGCGCCUUCACUGCCAGUACCAACAGACGGAGAGUGGGAGACCACUUACUUCCAGGGUUCGUGGGUGGAGGGAACAACGGCCGGAGGAAGCAGGAACUUUCUGUCACACUGGCAAAACCCCUGCUUCCCUUUUACAGCAGGUGACAAUGCCCCCGCAGGGACGACGGGAGCAAACGUGAGGGUUACACUGCAGCAGAGCCGCCCCGACACUGAUCUACUUCCUAUUGGCUUCCACAUUUAUAAGGUCCCAGAAGGUGCAUCUGUGCAGACAUUAUCCAAGGAUGAAGAUCCUGUGGCUAGCUGCAUUCCGCACUGUUACACCCAGGAUGUCAGUCUGACCUGCUGCCUUCCUCCAGGCGCUUACACCAUAGUGCCCUCCACUUACCAGCCUGAUUGCUCUGCGAACUUCACACUCAGCCUGUCUCGCAGAAUACACCGGAAAGUGGUUAAAAGCCAGGAGAGAUUAGGGAAAGCCAUUCAAGAGGUUUCUCACAUCUCUGUGAUGCAAAGCUAGUUUUCUGGGACUGUCGCCGCUCCACUGAUGUCAGCUCACCUCCCUGUGCCUCUUGGCCGCCGAUGAAAGAGGCCGUUCUUCCUCCAUCCUCCCUCACCACGGAGGCUGUGUGUGUACCACGGGUGGCAGAUAGAGCGAUUUAGUGGGAAUGUGUGUGUCGGGAAUCCUAGAAAGCCCUUUAUCCUGAACCGCUGAGGCUCAGGGCUGAUGGGCAGCCACACAUCACUGGCGAUUAGAACAUCAGAGGUUGUCGGUGGGCUGGGCUGCUAAUGAAGUAUGACGGGGGCUAGCUGGUGUAAACAAACAGCCGCCACUGAAGAGGGCCGCCACCACUCUCGCUCAUUCACUCACUGGUGUGCCUGCCGGCCUGGAACAAGGGGUUCUCUCAUGAAAGUCCUCAAAGAGGCACCGGGGGCAAGGGGAUGGUCUCGGGCAGCAGAGCCAACCAGACCUCACCACACCAUACCGUGCCAUGCCAUGCAGCCGCUUCCCUCCCAUCACUCACUCCAGGGAUUUUGCUUCUUUUUUGGCCGGCAUUGUUUGUCUCUAGACAUAAAUACAGAGUUUUCCCAGUCCCGCGUCCUCGCAUCAGACACAUGCCAAAGUCGGGCUGGAUCUAUAGAUGUCAGCUUAGUUCCUGAUUCCACUCCCACUCCUUAGCUUUCUGCACCUCUGACCGCUCUGUUUGGACCUGAAUUGAACCUUUUAUUGGAAGUCCCCACAAAAACAGAAGACCACGGAUGGGGGGGAUGAAAGGAGGGAUGCGGCACAUCAGAGGGGACCGCUUCAUGUGAAGACACCGCCUUUUCGCGUGGGGGGGGGGCUGCAUUUGAGUGGUGGUGUGUGACUGCCUGCUUGUAUUCCCAUCUGAGCCUGAAGUCAAAUCGAAUGCG